AUGCAAGCAGUUCUUGCAUGUUUUCAACUGAAGCAGAACAACGAGCGUCUGAUAGACUUUAUAGGGUAUAAUACCAAGCGUGUGGCUAAUAGGCUAACUGAUACCACCGAUGAGAAGUUACUCAAUUUCGUGCAUAACACCCAAUUACUCAAGGAUGAGUGGGCCAGCUCGGCGACACAUACUGCUGAGCUCUUCCGGUUGGCUCAGGAGCAAUUGAAGUCAUUGAACCGCAUAGCAGAAUGGGAACCUGAUUGGAUCGUCUAUCCGCUGUAUAUGUGUGCUUUACAACUGUUCAAGAUCGCAGAAGCUCUCGAUCGCAGUGCAGAGGCUUCUUCGCAAACAGCCAAACCAGGUGACCUUAAGCAAGAGGGAUACCUUACCCAAUGCGGGCGCACAAUUCACAUGUCUUUGAAUCUCUGUCUGAAAGACCGCGACCCCAGCGCUACCAACAAGCGCUAUGGUGCUUAUUACUUCGCCCUAUUGCUAUUCAAAGCGUACCACAAACUCCGUGCCCAUGGUCUCAUCACCAAUAUGGUUAAAGUGCUGGAAUCUCGCUCUAAGGAGCUUCCCUCCGUGCAGAGUGCUUUUGGUAACAGACGUGCGUUCACUGUUACAUACUGCUACUAUCUGGGCCGCUACUAUGCCUGCAGAAAAAGCGAUUAUGCCAAGGGUUUCCAUUGGCUGAACAUGGCUCUCAUGGAUUGCCACACCUCAUAUAAAAACCAACAACGGCAGAUCUUAGUCUUUUUGAUCCCCAUCGCCUUCUUAACGAAUAGAUGGUAUCCACGGAAUCACGUGCUAAACAAAUGCGACCCUGCGAAAGCUGGCAUAGAUUACAGACCGAUAAAGACUGCACUCCUACAAGGUAACCUGGCACUCCUGGAUCAGCAGCUGGAACAUCAGCAACUACCUCUUUUGACACGUGACCUAUAUCUCCCUUUCUCCCACCUGCGGCCCUACGUAAUAUUAAGACUGGUCAAACUUGUCUGGAAGCACAACCACAGCAACUGGAAACUCCCCACAGCCCUGAUCGCAACUGCCAUCGCCUUCGCCUCCAAAAAUUCGACGACAACUACUACUGCUGCUACGUCUAGCGACAAGUCCCCCGCCAAUGAUGUCGAUGCUGAUCUUCUGGAUCGUACAGAGUGUCUAAUAGCCAACCUUAUCAACAAAGGAUUCGUAAAGGGGUACCUCUCCCACGGUAAUCGGGUCCUCGUCGUAAGUAAGACUGAACCUUUCCCCAGACUCGUUCGUAAAAAUGCCAUUUAG